AUGCUGCGUGUCUGCAUCGCUCACUCUGCCCGCUCUCUGACUCGCUCGCCCGCCACUCGCCUCGCUGCCCGCUGCCCCGCCGCCAUCCCGCGCUCACUCGCCCCAUCCCGCAUCAUCUCGACUCAACAGCGCAGAAUGGCAUCGAACAAGGCUGCGCCGCUCAAGCUCAAGAACCCGAGCCUCUGGAUCGAAAAGGGAGGCUUUGUCAACGGAAAGUGGACCGCUGGGGCAAACGAUGGCACGUUCGAGGUCAUCAACCCUGGUAACGGACAGGUCCUCGGCACCCUCCCCGAGAUGACGGUGGAGGACACCAAGGAGGCGGUCAAGGUCGCUCACGAGGCGCUCAAGUCCUGGCGCAAGACGACCGAGACCGAGCGCGCUGCCAUCCUCAACAAGAUCUUCCAGAUCAUGACCGAAAAUUCGGAGGAUCUGGCACAGAUCAUCACGGCGGAGAACGGAAAGCCUCUGGCGGAUGCGCGAGGAGAGGUUACCUACGGCGCGAGCUACUUCACCUGGUUCGCGGGCGAGGCUGUCCGCAACUACGGCGACGUGAUUCCUUCGGCGGUCAAGGGCGUCCAGAACAUGACGCUCAAGCAGCCUAUCGGUGUCUGCGCUAUCAUCACGCCUUGGAACUUCCCCAACGCCAUGGUCACUCGCAAGCUCGCAGCUGCGCUCGCUGCCGGCAACACGGUCGUCAUGAAGGCCCCCGCCGAGACUCCCUACUCGGUCCUUGCCAUCGCCGAGAUCUGCCGACAAGCCGGCGUUCCCGACGGCGUCGUCAACGUCGUCUUGACGCAGAAGCACACUCCCGACGUUGGAAAGGAGCUCUGCGAGAACCCGCUCAUUCACAAGCUCUCGUUCACCGGCUCGACCCGCGUCGGAAAGAUCUUGAUGAAGCAGGCGUCGGGAACGCUUAAGAAGCUUUCGUUUGAGCUGGGCGGUAACGCGCCGUUCAUCCUCUUCGAAGACGCUGACCUCGACAAGGCGGUCAACGGUGUCAUCGCUUGCAAGUUCCGUCAAUCCGGCCAGACCUGCGUCUGCGCGAACCGCAUCCUCGUCCACGACGCCGUCUUCGACAAGUUCUCCCAAAAGCUCGCCGACGCCGUGCGCAAGUUCAAGGUCGGCGAGGGCGUCAAGGACGGCAUCACGCACGGUCCGUUGAUCCACGAGGCGGCGGUCAACAAGGUCCAGCAGCACGUCGACGAUGCCGUCUCGAAGGGCGCCAAGGUCGUCGUUGGAGGAAAGAAGCUCGACGUCCCCGGAUACUUUUUCGAGCCGACUGUUCUUGCGGACGUUCAAAGCUGCGCGAUUGACAACGAGGAGACGUUCGGUCCGCUUGCGGCGCUGUACCGCUUCAAGACCGAGGAGGAGGCGGUUGAGAUGGCCAACAACACCGAGGUCGGACUUGCUGGCUACUUCUUCACCGAGAACAUCGCGCGCCUGUACCGCGUCGCCGCGGCGCUCGAGGUCGGAAUGGUCGGCGCGAACACUGGCGUUAUCUCGCAGGCGGCGAUUCCCUUCGGCGGUAUCAAGGAGUCCGGCUUCGGAAGGGAGGGCUCAAAAUACGGUCUGCAAGACUGGCAGAACAUCAAGCUCGUCGCCGUUGGCGGACUGUAG